CCCAACAUCUCCUUUCUUUUCUUUAACCCGCAAGUCGUUUGUCUUCUUUCUUCUUUAACUUCAACACUCAACAACUCUUAUAUACACAAUGUCCGGUCGUGGUAAAGGUGGCAAAGGUCUCGGUAAAGGUGGUGCCAAACGUCACCGCAAAAUCUUGCGUGAUAACAUCCAGGGUAUCACCAAACCUGCUAUCCGUCGUUUGGCUCGUCGUGGUGGUGUGAAACGUAUCUCUGGGUUGAUCUAUGAAGAAACCCGUGGAGUCCUCAAGAUCUUCCUCGAGAACGUUAUCCGUGACUCUGUCACUUACACUGAACACGCCAAGCGCAAGACCGUCACUUCGCUCGAUGUUGUUUACGCCCUCAAACGCCAGGGUCGUACCCUUUAUGGUUUCGGCGCUUAAACGAAUCAUCCGUUUGGUGGCAGAGGGAGAGGAGUCGUUCGUACUUUGUCGUUUUUGGGGGAAAGAUUUCGUUUUUCGUUUUAUGAGAGGAUCUUGGAUCCCGUCCAUGUUUGACAUGUGAUGUAUGGUGUUGAAUGAUUCAUAU